AUGGCGGGAGCGGGAGCCAACGACCUGAAGGUGCUCGGCGUGUGGACGAGCCCGUUCGUGAUCCGGGUCCGCAUCGCGCUCAACAUGAAAGGCCUGGCGUACGAGUACGUGGAAGAGGACCUGGGCAACAAGAGCGCGCUCCUGCUGGGCUCCAACCCGGUGCACAAGAGCGUGCCGGUGCUCCUCCACGCCUGGCGCGCCAUCAACGAGUCCCAGAUCAUCCUGCAGUACAUCGACGAGGUGUGGGCGGGGACCGGCCCGGCCGUGCUGCCGUCCGACCCCUACGAGCGCGCGGUGGCGCGGUUCUGGGCGGCCUACAUCGACGACAAGGUGAGGUCGGCGUGGCUGGGGAUGCUGUUCAGGUGCAAGAACGAGGAGGAGAGGGCGGAGGCGGUGGCGCGCGCCGGCGAGGCGCUCGACACGCUGGAGGGCGCCUUCAGGGACUGCUCCGAGGGGGGGAAGAAGCCCUUCUUCGGCGGCGACGGCAUCGGCUUCGUGGACGUCGUGCUCGGCGGGUACCUGGGGUGGUUCGGCGCCGUCGGCAAGAUCAUCGGGCGCAGGCUGAUCGACCCGGCUAGGACGCCGCUGCUCGCCGCGUGGGAGGACCGGUUCCGCGCCGCCGACGUCGCCAAGGGCGUCGUGCCCGACGACGUCGACAAGGUGCUCGCGUUCCUGCAGACCCUGCUCGCUGUCUCCAAGUGA